AUGGCACCAGACAUGUGGCUCUUCUCUGCGAUUGUUGGAUUGCUCACAGCAGCCCUCUCAGGUCACCUGACUCCAGCCCCAUCUGAUCAGCCCAACACCAGCAGUGCCAAGAGCCAGACCUUGGAGCCAGGGCAGCAGCUCGGGGUCCGCCUGGUGAAUGGGAGCAGCCACUGCAGCGGGCUGGUGGAGGUCUGGUUCAGGCUGUCCUGGGAGCCUGCUUGCCGGGCGCUCUGGGACAGCCGCGCCUCUGAGGCCGUGUGUCGUGCGCUGGGCUGUGGCGGGGCCGCGGAAUCCACCCAGCCCACCUCGCCGUCCCUGGAGCUGCCACCCGGGCCAGGUGCGGGGAACGCCAGCGAGGCCUUGAAUGCCACUCGAGCCCUGGCGCCCGCCGUCCUGUGCAGAGGUGCCGAGUGGCGGCUCUGCUACGUGGAGGAGCGUGCAUGCGACAGUAAUGGGAGUCCGGCUGAGGUCACCUGCGCAGAAAACCGCGCGGUGCGGUUGACGGGCGGUAGCAGUCCAUGUGCGGGCCGCGUGGAGAUGCUAGAGCACCGCCAGUGGGGUUCAGUGUGCGACGACACGUGGGACCUGGAGGAUUCCCACGUGGUGUGCCGGCAGCUGAACUGCGGCUGGGCGGUUCAGGCUCUGCCCGGCUUGCACUUUGCCCCUGGCCGAGGACCCAUCCACCGGGACCAGGUGAACUGCUCCGGGGCCGAGGCCUACCUGUGGGACUGCCCGGGGCUGCCAGGAGACGGGUACUGCGGUCAUAAGGAGGACGCCGGCGUGGUGUGCUCAGAGCACCAGUCCUGGCGCCUGACUGGGGGCGCUGACUCCUGCGAGGGGCAGGUGGAGGUACAUUUCCGUGGGGUCUGGAGCACAGUGUGUAACAGUGAGUGGUACUCACAGGAGGCCCAGGUACUCUGCCGGGCCUUGGGCUGCGGGACCGUGGCCAGAAUACCCAAUGGGCUGCCCCACUCCCUGCCGGGCAGGAUGUACUACUCAUGCAGAGGAGAGGAACCCACCCUCUCGCACUGCUCCUGGCGGUUCAACAACUCCAACCUCUGCAGCCAGUCGAACGCAGCCAGAGUCCUCUGCUCAGGCUCCCGGAGUCUGCUCAAUCUGUCCACUCCUGAAGUCCCUGCAAGUAUUCAGCCGAUCACUGUGGAAUCUUCUGUGACCAUGACAAUGGAGGACUGGAAACCCCGGGAAUUAAUGCUCCUCAUCCUCUGCAUCACUCUGGGAAUUCUCUUCCUUGGCUUACUCAUCUCCAUGGCCUUCAUCUUCUUGAAAGUUAAAGGAAAAUAUGCCCUCCCUGUUAUGGUGAACAACCCACACCUACUCACCACCACCCCAGAAGGGAUCAAUAGCUAUCAAGAUGUCCCCAUCACCAUUUCCAAAGAAGAAGUUCCCAUGCUGCCCAUCCAGGCGCAGGCCCCACCCCCCAAGGACUCGGACUCCAGCUCGGACUCAGACUAUGAGCACUAUGACUUCAGCACCCAGCCUCCCGUGGCCCUGACCACCUUUUACAAUUCCCAGCGGCACCGCAUCACAGAUGAGGAGGUCCAGCAGAACCGGUUCCAGAUGCCCCUCCUGGAAGAAGGUGAGGAGGUCCAGCAGAACCAGUUCCAGAUGCUCCCCCCGGAGGAAGGACUUGAAGAGAUGAACGUGUCCCAGGUCCCACCCAUUGGUACUGGACACUACAUGGCAGACACCCCCUCCCUGGGCUCUCAACACCGCCCAAGGAGCAGCAGUGAAUCCAGCACAUCCUCUGGGGAGGAUUAUUGCAAUAGCCCCAGCAGCAGGCUACCUCCGUGGACCCCCCAGGUGUUUUCUGCAGAGAGGAUCCCCCACCUGGAGCAGCCCCCGAACCUGGAGCUGGCUGGCUCCCAAGCUACUUUUUCAGGGCCCUUGGCUGAUGACAGCUCCAGCACUUCAUCCGGGGAGUGGUACCAGAACUUCCAGCCACCGCCCCAGCCCCCCUCAACGGAGCAAUUUGAGUGUCCAGGACCUCCCACUCCCCGGCCUGAUUCCGUUGACGGCGAAGACUAUGAUGACAUCGGAGCAGCCUAGGCUAGACUCAGCAAGGCUCCAGGUGGCUCCCUCCUGCUGGACUCCUGCUCUACUCUACCUGCCCCUACUCUCCCACCCCGUCCUCCCGCAUAUUCCCCCAGGGGCCUGACAGGCCUCCUCUGGAGAGACGCAGGGAAAGCCCUCACCCUGCACCCACAGCUCCAUCUCCAUCCAUCAAACGGAAGCUGCUGGCACAGCCCUCCCUUGGCCCCAGACAGCCCUGAGGUGGAGGGUGCUGCCUCUGAGAAGUAGUGAGCUGUCUGUCUCAGGGAUGAACAAGCGGCCACCUUUCAGCAGACUGCAAGAAGGUUUGAACAUAAUGACUUCUGAGACCCCUUCUGAUCCUUGGGUGUCUGUGCUUUAGUUCCCUGAGUCUCAGGUCAGGGCCUGGUGGUACUGAGCGAGCAGAAAAUGGGCCCCAUCCCAGUGCCCCCCAUGUGCGGGCUGCUAGGCUGCUGUUGCUUUGAGAGGUGGAGUCUGGGGCUGAGGGUGGUACACCACUGACCCAGGUUGGCAGCCACCUGGGCACUUAGGAUCAGCCGGCUGACAGCAAGCAGGUCGACCCUACCCCUAGAGACCUGGAGCCAAUCAGGGCACCUCCCUGCUCUGCAGGGACCAUCCCUGGACACAAGGUCCUGCUUCUGAGCUUCCCGUGGCAUACAAAGACAGCCCUAGCCCAGCUCCCCCAACGACCCAGAGUUGGGCCCCAGUCCCUUGGGACAGAAGCACAGAGAGGAGCCCCUGUGUCUGCUAGCACCGUUGGGGGCUUUCCUGAGGAGCACAAGCACACGCAGCUGACUCACCCUGAGCACAGACAUGUGCAGGCAGCC